UGGGAACCACUCUUCUACGUUUCGGUCUUCUGCGUUACGGAUGGAGAUAAGGCAGGCUCUAAAGUGGUCGCUUUGUGACACGACUGAAGAGUGGGGGAGCAACCCGGCCGCCAUUAGUCGGUUCGUAAACGGACGCGCCGCUCAUUGGCCCUGCAGCAAAGGAUCUUGGGUCUUAUCGGACCAGAUGCUGACUCAGUGUGUUGCCAUAGCGCGGCUGGGUCUACUAUUUUAGUUGAAUGCAUCGAAUUGAGUCGUACGAUUCGUUCGCCCGGUGACUUUUACGCACAGUUGGAGUUUGAAAGAAACUUUACGAGCCGCCGACGGUUAAAUUGUACCACGGGACACUCUAUGUGAUAAUACGGUGUUAUCAGUAGUACUGCAGAGAGAAGAUAAGGCCUCGGGAACGCUGGAAUUAUAUCAUUAUAUAUAUAUAUAUAUAUAUAUAUCCUACAUCGGCUUCGCGAAGCACCGUCAACACCUUAUUUUGCCGCCAUUUUGCAGACACCAAAGUUGGUCGUCCUUGCUUCGCGUGAAGGAGACACAUUUCUUACUUGUACCGAUCAUAACGAAUGAUAGGUCAAUGACCGUUAAGAGAUGGCGCCACGUACGCAGCCGGCCUGCCACAGCGUCGAGGAAAUAAACAGAUACUCGCUGAGGACGCAGAAACGCGGCGAAAAUAAUGUCUCGCAUGGCAGGCAGCUCGACGCCGCGGAAGUGAGCGGCAAAGAGGACUUCCUCCGUGUCUUGGGUCUUCAAAUGAAAAGAUAUCCGUGCCGUUAUCCCGCGCUGCACGGCGUCGUCCGGUCGAGCAACGAGGCACGCGGUCGCGCCAAUGGGUUAAAGCUACGCGACUGCAGCGUCGUCGUUCUGGGAGCAGCGUGCGACCUGUGUGGAAAGUGCUUCAAGUGCGAGACGGACGUGAACGUGCACGUGGCGAGGAAACACGCGAAUCGUGGUCGCCGCAGGGAAACGGUCGGCACGACCACGCGCGUGCAGGACAACGACAGUAACAACAACGACGAUGUUGAAAUGCCGGAUACAUUGUCGAAGUAUUCUAAGUACAGCUACGUCACGAGGAGGUACCCGGCGACAAAGUUGCAGAGCAAGCUGCGGCUGAUACUGCGGAUAGGCAGCGAGGUGGUCACCGAGACCACGGUGAAACGGAAACACCUGAAAUCGAGCCGUACGAUCAGCAUGGCGACGCAGACCGAAUCAUCCGUGGACGGUGUAACGUUAAUCGCGGUGAACGAUGCCUGCGGCACAGGCGACGACGUUCCUGAAAAGAAUCCGGCGAAAAGCGAGGUUACCGGGCGGCUCCACGGCGGCGAGGAGGCGCGCCGGAAAGAUAGGUUAGGCUGCGCGUGCGAGGCGAGCGUCCGUCCGACGCCGGACGACGUGGACGUGAAGGAGGACGGUCCAGCUACGGACGCCAGGAUAUCGUUCGGCCGUAAUCGCUCCGAAUCGGCCGAUCACGCGGAGUCGCUGGCGUCCGGGCCGACGGCGCCGCCGGCGGAGGUGAGGGGAUGCGAGGACGCGCGUCGCGCGGAACCGGCGGCGAGAUCGGCGGCGAGUCCCGCGAUCGUGGACAGCGUGAGGGUUAUGUUCCAGUCGCGCUCGAAGGACGGCAACGAGAAAUUAAGGAGCUGCUGCACCGAGAAGUUGCUGCGGACGCGCGGCGACGCCGUGAACACGGUGCAGCUGGUGAUGCCGGUGAUAUUCCCGAUAAUCGUGCCGAAUCAAAUCUCGCCGGUGACGGUCGCGGCGGCACCCCUUCCGGAACAACAACAACAACAACAACAACAUUCGAAGACGUGUUUCGUCGAGAAACAGAACACGGACGACGACGUGCAGGAGGUUCUGAGGAUCGUUCGGGGCCACGACAACGUGGCCAGAGAGAUCAAUCACGAGUCGCCGAACCGUUUCGAGCAGGAGAUGCUAGCGAGGGACGCCAUUAAGGACAUGCUACGGAUGGAGCAGCAAGGCUGGCACCUGAUGGAGAGGAAAGGCGGUGUGGAAGGGAGGAAACGGAAGCGGGCCGGCGGCGUGAAGUUCGACGCGAGGAACGGCCUCGCGGACGAGCCGGCGGCGGUUAGGAAGAGCAUGAAGACCGUCGGGCCAGAGAGCAACGUCGUUAGAGCGAUGACGAACGAGAGGAGCAUUUCGAGGGAGUCGUUCGCCAGGGCGCAGAACAAGGGUCACGAUAAGAUUACUAUAUCGGAGAACGCGAAGGAGAACGUGUUGACGUGCAACGGGAACAUCGGUAUACCGUCGGAGACGUUGCUGCAGCAUUACGGCAUCAAUUAUUAUAUUGAUGUGUGCGAGAUAAACAAUAACACGGAGGCGACGGUGCAGCAGCCGGUCGGCUGCAUUUUCAUCCCGCGCUCGGCCGGCAUCGAGACCAUGAGCAACAGGCCGACCGUGAUCGAUCUAGUCAACGACAACGACGAAUGAUAGGUUAUUGUUCGGAAUAAACAAAUACGACGAAUACGGGCGAGCGGCGUGAAACGGGAACGCCGAUGGAGCUACGUUAAGCGAAAUUUUCUUGAAAGUCCAACGAGCAGAUAUUUCAACGCUUCCAAACUACGACGCCAAUGAUUAUCUAGAGAAAUUUAGGAAUUCUCGAAUUUAGCGGAAUUUAGGCAAAUUUAUAGUUUCGUCGAGAAUGACCGAAUCGCGUGGAUCCUUUUGUAUGUACAGGGUGUCCGGAGAAAUGUCUUGCGAUCUGAAAUUAGGAGAUUCCUGAGGUGAUUUGAAGCAACUUUUUCCUUAGCGAAAAUGCGAUACGCGGCUUCGUUUGCGAGU